CCUCUUAGUAUCGUCGUUCUCUCUUUCGACCUUCAGGCUUCAAAGAAUUCUCAAGGGUGAUACCUGCUUCUGUCACUGAAUCUCUGUCACAAUGUUCUUUGAAGGAUAUGGAUACCAUGGAACAUCAUUUGAACAGACAUACCGUUGUUACCCUGCUUCUUUUAUCGAUAAGCCUCAGUUAGAAAGUGGAGACAAGAUUAUAAUGCCUCCCUCGGCCCUUGACCGUCUUGCAUCUCUUCAUAUCGAUUAUCCAAUGUUGUUUGAGCUUCGAAAUGCUGCCGCUGAGCGGGUUUCACAUUGCGGUGUGCUGGAGUUCAUUGCUGAAGAAGGCAUGAUAUACAUGCCAUAUUGGAUGAUGGAAAACAUGCUGUUACAAGAAGGAGACACUGUGCGGGUGAAAAACGUGACUCUUCCAAAAGGGACAUAUGUAAAAUUGCAGCCUCACACAAAGGACUUCUUAGAUAUCUCCAACCCAAAAGCCAUAUUGGAGACUACAUUGAGGAACUUCUCCUGCUUAACCACUGGGGACAGUAUCAUGGUAGCCUAUAACAAUAAGAAGUAUUACAUAGAUAUCAUAGAAUCAAAGCCUUCAAAUGCGAUAAGUAUCAUUGAGACAGAUUGUGAGGUGGAUUUUGCACCUCCUCUUGAUUAUAAGGAACCUGAAAGACUGGCGCCAUCAGUGCCUUCAAGCAAGGCUCCUGCUCCAGUUGAAGAGGCUGUGGCUGAACCAAAGUUCAACCCAUUUACUGGUGCUGGGAGACGCUUGGAUGGCAAGCCAUUGAAGCAUCAAUCACCUCCAGUUUCAUCCCCCACAUCCAAAGACAAGCAGGCAGGAGCAGCCAACGGUGGACCUUCAGCAGCGUCUACUUCACAAAGUACACGUCAAUCCCAGCAGGGAAAGCUUGUGUUUGGAUCAACUAUGAACCAUGCUCAAAAAGAAACCCAAAAACAACCUUCGAAGGACACAAAGCAAGAGCAGGCCCCAAAGAAAGAAGAGCCAAAGUUUCAGGCAUUCACAGGAAAGAAGUAUUCAUUGAAGGGGUGAUCUGAUCCUCACUGGUUGGUAUAAUUCACCCCUGCAUUUCACUUCACUUCUCAUCAUGUGGAUUAGGAAAUACAAAAGUGUUUUGUAUUAUAAACAAGAUAGUAAGUGAUGUGUUCAGUUUCAUAGAAAAAAAUUGCACUGGUAA